AUGGCAUCCGCGGCGGCGACGAUCGGCGACGGCGAGAAGCCGCGCGCGCACCUAGGCCAGCCCCUCCUCGCGCCGCCGCAGCCUCCUCAGCAGCCCUACUACGCCUACCCGGCCGCCUCCUUCGCGCAGCCCGCCCCGCCGCCGCCCCCGACGCUCGUCUUCGUCCCGGUCCUGGCCCCGGCCCCCUGCUCCCCGGUGAUCGUGCGCCUCCGCCGCCUGCGCCCGCGCCGCGCGCCCUGCCUCCGCCGCCUCUGCACGCGGACGGUCCCGCUCGUCCUCUUCCUCGCGCUCCUCGCGGGCGCCGCCUUCCUCCUCUACCCGUCCGCUCCCGCCGCCCGCGUCGCCGACCUCCGGGUCGACAGCUUCCGCGUGCAGCCGCCCGUCCUCGACCUCGGCCUCGCGCUGCGGCUCCGCGUCCGCAACCCCGGAUUCGUCCUCCCGCUCCGCUACCGCUCCGUCUCCGCCGCCGUCUCCUACCGCGGACACCUGCUCGGGUCCGCCAAGGCGUGGCCCGGGUCCGGCGAGCUUGCGGCCAGGGAUGAGGUCUAUGCGGAUGCCCAGGUGUGGGUGGACGCCGGGAGGGUGCUGGAUGACGUGAUCGAGCUCAUCGCGGACGUGGCCGCGGGGUCGGUGCCGCUGGAGAUCGUCUCUGAGGUGGUUGGCUCGAUCGAGGUGUUCCGUUUCCACAUCCCUGUGAAGGUAAUUGCGUGUUCUCGCGAUAGAUUGUUACGGACUUUGUUAUCCUUACCAAUAGUUUGCUCAGGAGUCAAGAUCGAUGCUUGCAAAGACUGGGGCUUUGGAAUUGGGUUAGAAAAUCUCUAA